GAGAAGAGUGUUCUGUUCUAUUCUCUCUUCCCGGGUCCGGGCGUUCACUGUGUGGUCUUUCUAGUUUUGGUGUUGGAUUGUGUCUUUUAACUUGAUAAAUCAUGUGUGAAAACGGUUUACCCCUCUAAAAAAUCAUCUAAAACUGUAGUCUUGUGUGUUUUAAAGUGAUGUCCACCUAGUUUUCCCCCGUGUUUGUUGAAACUACACUACAAAAAUGCCUUCAGAAGAGGAUGAGAACGAGCAGUCCAACCUUCUAGAGUUGUGUAUCACUAAAGACUGUCUUCUACAAGAGUUAAGAUCCAACCCUUCCCGACUUAUAAUCUUGGACUGUCGAAGUUCAGACGAAUUUGGGGAAUCCCACAUCAGAAACGCCGUGAAUUUCAGUAUUCCUAGCAUCAUGCUGAGACGGUUGGCUGCAGGCAAGAUAGACCUAACUUCAACAAUAAAGUGUAGGGAUUUGAAGGAGAAAAUCGUCAACGGGUAUAAGGAGAAUUUGUUUGUGAUUUACAGUGAUGCGUAUAUAACUGAUAAGCUAUUUCAUAAGAACAGUUUUACGGCCGGAGAUACGAUACACGUUUUAGCCAAACGACUUCUCAAAGAUGGCUGCCGCGUUGUGUGUUUGGAAGAUGGUUUUGGUGGCUUCCGAACCUCCUACCCGGAGUGGUGUGAGUCAUGCAGUGAUACGGCAGCUACCAGUGAAUCGGAGAGAGAUCCAUCCAAUAUGGCGAUGCCUCUCAUGGGACUUCGCUCGCUGAGGAUUUCGGCUUGGAGAAGUUCUGGUAACCGGAGCCUGGGAGGCGGUGAAUCGUCAGGCACAUUUUCGGCCGAUGAGUCCUCGCUGUCCGAUUCGGCCGACGAGGGUGUUGAAGGCGGUGGUGGAGGGGGGGAUGAUGCCUUCCCCGUUCAGAUUCUGCCGCAUCUCUAUCUGGGCAACCAUGCAAAUUCGGUCGAUGCAGACGCUCUCGACAAAUAUGGCAUACAGUAUAUUCUGAAUGUAACGCCCGACCUUCCCAAUGUAUUUGAAGAGAGAAUCAAAUACAUGAACAUCCCAAUCACCGACCAUUGGAGUCAAAAUCUUGCCAGCUUUUUUCCAAAAGCUAUCGAAUUUAUCGACGAGGCCCGUGGCCAGAACAAAGGUGUGUUGGUGCACUGUUUGGCGGGGGUGUCGCGCUCGGUGACAGUGACUGUGGCCUACCUGAUGGCCCGCCAUCAUCUGUCACUCAACGAUGCCUUCUGCCUGGUGAGGGCCCGCAAGUCCAACAUUGCUCCCAACUUCCACUUUAUGGAGCAGCUGCAUACGUUCGAAAGGCAGCUAAACGAUGGUGCCAAUGCUCAGCCUCAUUCUGCUAAUCGAUCUCCAGCAGCAGUGAGAUGCCUGGCGUGCGGGCUUGUAGAUGCAGCCGACACUUGCCGCAAGUGCUGUGACCGUGUGGUGGACAGUGGAGGUGGAAGGGGGAGGCUACCCUCCCAGCCACCCCCCAGCACCACCUCAUCAUCAUCUUCUGCCACUUUCCUCUCGCCUUCCUCCCUUUCACUCAUAGGACAAUCUCCAGAUUCGGGUAUUGAGUUUGACCGUUGGACGACCCCGUCGGAAACGACGCCCCGUAGUGGAGGUCCCCAAGGCGACGAUGCGUCCUCUGGUCCAUGAGAUGAGGCCCAGGGCGGCAAUAGUUCCGGUGCCGCCUCUACUAUUUACAAAUUCUAAGAGUUAGUUCAAAAGCUAUAAAGGUUGUUGGAGAUGUGUGGAAUUGAUAUGGGGCCUUGGGUGGCAAAAAAUGUGGAGCCGUCUCUACUAUUUACAAGUUCUAAGCUACAACAUACAGGAGUUCAAAUAUAAGAAAGUUUAAAGUAGAUGUGGAAUUGAUAUGAGGCCUUGGGUGGCAAGAAAUUGAACGGUCUCGACUAUUUACAAGUUCUAAGCAACAAGAUCAAGGUUGUGUGGAAUUAAUACUAGACAGGGGUGGCAAAGAAAUUCGUGCCGUCUCAAAAGGAAAAUACUACAAGUUGAAAAUAAGAAAGGUUGUAGGAGAUUUGUAAGAAGCCUGGGGUGGCAAAGAUUUUGAUGCCGUCUCAAUCAAACUCUGGACUCAAUGAAAAUGAAGUGAGGCCUGGGGUGGCACAAAAAAUUGGAUGCCGUCUCGACCAUUUACAAGUUAUAAGCUACAAGAUAUAGAAAGGAUGUCGGAUAUUUCUAUGGAGCCAUGGUUUUCAAUAAUAUUCUUUUGAUGAUAUUCGUUUGAAUAGUUUUUGUUAACAAUGCAGAUUUGGACGAUUAAUAUGAUCAGAAGAAAAUUGAUUCAUUGGUGAAAGUGGUUGAUAUAAUCAAUGCUUGGAAAUAUAAUGAUAUUGAUAUUGAUCUAUUGAAAUGUCACUGCAUCUAUAUGGUUGGUAAAGUGUUUGUACUGUAUCUCGUAACCAUCCCACUAUCAUACACUGUUGCUCUGAUCAAUUUUGAAAAUAAUCAAUACAUUUUAGAUUGUUGGUUCAUGGAAAAUUAUUCAAAGAUUGCAAAUCGGAAUUGAUGAAUAGAGUACUAACAAUUCGAGUGGUUAUAAUCAAUAUUUAAUUACAUUUAAAAAACAAUUUAUUGAAUAACAAUAUCAAUGACGAUUG